CUCCUACCGACGCGCUGCACUUACUUGCCGUUCUGCUUUACGACCUGCUCUAGUCGCUCAUGAAUAAAAUCCUCGAAAAGAAGGCGAAAAAGCGCAAGCAUGCUGUGGCGGAUAUCGGGCUGGUCGCAGAGCCCUCUACCAAGCGUGCAAAGAAGGAUAAGACGAAGCGAGACAAGGGCAAGACACGCGCGACGGACGACGGGAGUGAGUUCCGCGUCAUACAGGCGACGAUGUCUGUGUCCAUCCCGCCUGUGUUUGCGAACAACUUAAGGAAAGGUGUAGAGGAGAUGCUGGACUCAUUGCUCAUGAGGUAUAUCCCCGCGCUGCAGGGUGUCAUGCUCGCUCAUGAUGAGCUGAGUUUUUUGGACUCGAUGGCGACUAUCAAGGCGGACUGUCCUUUUGCGAAUUGCCGAGUAGCGUUUAACACAACGGUAUGGAGUCCGCAGAUUGGCAUGAAACUUGUGGGCAAGGUCAAUCUUUGCUCGCCAGGCCACGUCGCGUUGCUCCUGCGCCGAACGUUCAACGUCUCAAUACCCCGGCACCAUAUACCCGAGGAUCAGUGGGAGUUUGAAUACGGGCCUGCAGAGAAUGACCCAGAGUUUGGCGCAGCAAUUGCUGAUGAAAAAACCGGCACGCAGGAUGGUGAGACGGAGCAGGUGGGAGGAAACGGCCGGUGGGUGCACAAGCUCACAGGAGUUAGACUUGGAGACAGCCAUGGCUUUCUGGAAUUCACAGUCGUUGGUCUCACAAUAGCUAACCGAAUGCUGUCCCUCGUCGGAUCGAUCCAGCCUGAUCCAUUCUCACCUGAACAUGUCCCCAGACAAACAGUCGCUGCAACUACGGAUGUGCGAGACGAGCCCGGAGUUGAUGAAUUUCAUCCGGUUGAGGAGAUCAACGAGGACGACGGUAGUGAGGUUGAUACAUUCGAACUGCUUGGGCGGAUGGGGGAUCAAGCGAAGGCACGGGAGGCAGAGUUACGGAAACAGGAGGAGAAGGAAGCAAAGAGGGAUCAGAGACGCAGACGGAAAGAGGCGAAGGGAGGAGAGGGUGCUGGUGGGGUUGAUGCCGGGGGACGUAAAGGCAAGAAGAAAAAGAAGGCAUAGACGGAUGCACGGGGGGUCAUCGAUGCUUACCAUGUUUAUUUGCUUAGCUAUAGGUUUGCUGUUACCAUUGGAGAUCUAGUCGGUGUCUUCGGACAGACUGGCAUCCCUGAGAGUUCGUGGUGUGACAGUAUGAAGUUGCGAUACUGUCAAUGUGUGGACUCGGAAUCCCUAAUGCUCACAUGAAUUCUAUAAAGUCGCUC